CCUCCUAUCAAUUUUCUCUGAAGAAGACUUCCGGUGGUGUGUCAUGGCGGUGGCAUGGUGAAGCCUACAGAAAGGGAAAAAUUCUCGCCCCUUUCGUCCUUUUCCAUCGAUUCAGGACAAAUUUUUAUUCAUAAAUAAGCCUGUCAGCUCCGGCCCUAUACGUUGGAUUUAUCACCAGAACGUCGCGGUGUCCCCCCACCCGGCCAUGGCGGCUCACAAACCAGUGGAGUGGGUCCAGGCCGUGAUUACUAGAUUUGAUGAGCAGCUUCCCAUUAAAGUUGGACACCAGAACACCCACACCAAAGUCAGCACAGAGCACAACAAGGAAUGUCUAAUCAACAUCUCUAAGUACAAGUUCUCCCUCGUCAUCAGUGGCCUCACCACCAUCCUCAAAAAUGUCAACAACAUGCGAAUAUUUGGAGAUGCUUCUGAGAAGAACCUCUACCUCUCCCAGCUCAUUAUCCUGGACACCCUUAAGAAGUGCCUGGCUGGGCAAUCCAAGGACUGCUUACGUCUGGAUGAGACCAUGCUGGUCAAACAGCUGCUUCCAGAGAUCUGCCAUUUCAUCCAUACGUACCGUGAGGGUCACCAGCACGCCGCUGAGCUCCGGGCUUCAGCUUCAGCCGUCCUCUUCUCUCUGAGCUGCAACAACUUCAAUGCCGUCUUUAGCCGCAUCUCCACCAGGCUACAGGAGCUGACGGUAUGCUCUGAGGACAAUGUGGAUGUUCAUGACAUAGAGCUGAUGCAAUACAUCAAUGUAGACUGCUCCAAGCUGAAGAGGCUGCUACAAGAAACUGUGUUGAAGUUUAGAGCUCUCAAGAAGCCUGCACAGCUAGCAGUCAUCAACAGUUUAGAGAAGGCAUUUUGGAACUGGGUGGAGAAUUACCCAGAUGAGUUCACCAUGCUUUACCAGCGACCACAGGCAGAUAUGGCAGAAGCUGCAGAAAAGUUGUUUGACCUGGUGGACAGCUUUGCAGAGAGUGCUAAGAGGAAGGCAGCUGUGUGGCCUCUGCAAAUCAUCCUCCUCAUCCUCUGUCCAGAGAUCACACACACCAUCUCCAAAGACAUCGUGGAAGACAGCAAGGCCAACAAGAAACUGUUUCUGGACAGUUUGCGGAAAGCUUUAGCAGGCCAGGGUGGCAGCAAGCAGCUGAUGGAGAGCGCCGCUAUUGCCUGUGUCAAACUGUGUAAGGCCUCUACAUACAUCAAUUGGGAGGAUCACUCAACCAUUUUCCUCCUGGUCCAGUCCAUCGUCAUGGAUCUCAAGGCUCUGCUCUUCAACCCUGCCAAGCCCUUCUGGAGGGGGACAGGCACCCAGAAUGCUGACGUUGAGCUCAUGAUGGACUGCUUUGUCUCCUGUUUCCGCAUCAAUCCUCACAACAACCAGCACUUUAAGGUCUGUUUGGCUGCCACCUCCCCUUCAACCUUUCAUUUUGUCCUGGUCAACUCUUUGCACAGAAUUAUCACCAAUUCCCAUCUGGACUGGUGGCCUAAAAUCAAUGCAGUGUACUGCUACUCUGGAGAGCUCCGCUUUAUGUUCUCAGACACUCUCAACCGUGUGAUCCAAGGCGUUGGCACCCAUGCUCCACUGCGCAUGACACCGAGUCUGACAUUCAAAGGGAAGAUGACCACCAGCCUUAAGUUCAAAGAGAAAACCACAGAACUGGACACUCGAAGUUACAAGUGUCUCCUUCUUGCUCUGGUCAAACUCAUCCACGCUGACCCUAAACUCAUGUUGCAUAACCCAGUGAAGCAAGCUCCAGACGUGCAGAGCAGUACAGCAGAGCUCAUCACCGGCCUGGUGCAGCUAGUGCCUCUAACAAACACAACCCAGCUCUCACAAGAAGCCAUGGAGGCACUGCUAGUUCUGCACCAGCCUGAGACCAUCGAGCUGUGGAAUCCCGAUGCCCCCAUAGAGACAUUUUGGGACAUCAGUUCACAGGUGCUCUUCCUUAUCUGCCGCAAACUGAUUGGUCAGCAAAUGAUUAAUGGCACAGAAGUUCUCAAAUGGCUGAGGGAGAUCCUUAUCUGCAGGAACAAGUUUCUGCUCAAGAACAAGGAGUGUGCCACUAUGGGUGGUGGUAUCCCCAUCUGUCGGCAAGCGCAGACAAAGCUAGAAGUUUGUCUCUACAUGUUCCUGUGGAGUCAAGACACAGAGGCAGUGCUAGUGGCCAUGUCGUGUUUUCGCCACCUCUGUGAGGAGGCUGACAUCCGCAGCGCUGCUGACGAGGUGCCAGUCCAGAACAUCCUACCAAACUACGCCACCUUCAGUGAACUGGCCUCCGUCAGCAACAUGAUGGCAACAGGUCAGCCGGUCCACCUUGCAAAGAGGGUGAUGGCCUUGCUAAGGAGGAUAGAGCACCCUACACCAGGAAACAUUGAGGCUUGGGAGGACACAUAUACUAAAUGGGACCAGGUCACCAAACAGAAUCUCAACUUCCCCAAAAACAAGGCAGAUGAUGGGCAGCAGGAGUGGAUCAACAUGACAGGCUUCCUGUGUGCUCUGGGUGGUGUUUGUCUCCAGCAGCGCAGCACCCCCAGCCUAGCGACCUACAGCCCACCUAUGGGCCCCAUGAGUGAGCGCAAACACUCCAUGAUCUCCAUGGACCCCUGUGGUAUAUCCAACCCUGUGGCCUCAACAUCCUCCUGCUCCUCAUCGGCUUCCAGCGAGACACCAGUCAGUCGCUUCUUGGACCGGCUGCUGGCCCUGCUGGUGUGUGGUCAUGACAGAGGCUUCCAUGUUCACACAAAUGUGAAAGACCUACUGGGGCUGGAGCUCAGCCCUGCCCUCUACCCAAUGCUCUUCAACAAGCUGAGGAACAGCAUUGGCAAGUUCUUUGACACCCAGGGACUGGUUCCUAUCAAUGACAAUAACACCCAGUUUGUGGAGCAGACCAUAGCCAUCAUGAAGAAUCUGUUAGAUAACCAUACAGAGGGCAGCUCUGAACACUUGGGACAGGCCAGCAUAGAGACCAUGAUGCUCAACCUGGUCAGGUAUGUGCGCAUCCUGGGCAAUGUGGUCCAUGCAAUCCAGAUCAAAACCAAGCUGUGCCAGCUGGUGGAGGUGAUGAUGGAAAGACGAGAUGACCUGUCCUUCUGCCAGGAAAUGAAGUUUAGGAACAAGAUGGUGGAGUACCUGACUGACUGGGUGAUGGGAACCUCUAACCAAGCUGCUGAUGAUGACAUCAAGUGUCUAACAAGGGACCUGGACCAGGCCAGUAUGGAGGCAGUGGUGUCUCUGUUAGCUGGCCUUCCUCUUCAGCCAGAGGAGGGGGAUGGCGUAGAAUUGAUGGAGGCCAAAUCUCAGCUCUUCCUUAAGUACUUCACCCUGUUCAUGAACCUGCUAAAUGACUGCAGUGAGGUGGAGGAUGAGGGCCAGGCAGUGGGAGGACGAAAGAGAGGAAUGUCCCGUCGCCUGGCCUCCCUCCGCCACUGCACUGUCCUGGCCAUGUCCAACCUCCUCAACGCUAAUGUAGACAGUGGCCUCAUGCACUCUAUUGGUCUGGGCUACCACAAGGACCUGCAGACUCGAGCCACUUUCAUGGAAGUGCUGACCAAGAUCCUGCAGCAGGGAACAGAGUUUGACACUCUGGCAGAGACGGUUCUCGCUGACCGAUUUGAGAGGCUAGUGGAGCUGGUCACUAUGAUGGGAGACCAAGGAGAGCUGCCAAUUGCCAUGGCACUGGCUAAUGUGGUUCCUGGGUCCCAGUGGGAUGAGCUAGCCCGAGUCCUGGUAACGCUGUUUGACUCCCGCCACCUUCUCUACCAGCUGCUGUGGAACAUGUUCUCUAAAGAGGUGGAGCUGGCUGACUCUAUGCAGACUCUCUUCAGGGGAAACAGCCUGGCCAGCAAAAUAAUGACCUUCUGUUUCAAGGUAUAUGGGGCAGCAUACUUGCAGAAGCUACUGGAGCCUUUAUUAAGAGGGGUUAUCACCACCCCUGAACACAUCAGCUUUGAGGUGGAUCCCACCAGGCUGGAACAAGGUGAGAACCUGGAGGACAACCAGAGGAACCUCUUGCAGAUCACCGAGCGGUUCUUCCAGGCCAUUGUCGGUUCAUCCAGCGAGUUCCCCCCACAGCUCCGAAGUGUCUGCCACUGUCUUUACCAGGCUACUUGCCACUCUCUACUGAAUAAAGCAACAGUAAAAGAAAAAAAGGAAAACAAAAAAGCAGUCGUGAGUCAGCGUUUCCCACAGAACAGCAUUGGGGCAGUAGGCAGUGCCAUGUUUCUGCGCUUUGUCAACCCAGCAAUUGUGUCUCCCUAUGAGGCCGGCAUCCUGGACAAGAAGCCCCUAUUCAGGAUAGAACGGGGUCUCAAACUCAUGUCCAAGAUUCUGCAGAGCAUUGCAAACCAUGUCUUGUUUACAAAAGAAGAACACAUGAGGCCAUUUAAUGACUUUGUUAAGAGCAACUUUGAUUCAGCCAGAAGGUUUUUCUUGGACAUAGCAUCUGACUCUCCACCCAGCGACUCAGUCAACCACAGUCUGUCCUUUAUCAGUGAUGGUAAUGUGCUGGCCCUCCACCGCCUGCUGUGGAACAACCAGGAGAGGAUUGGACAGUACCUCUCCAGUAACAGGGACCACAAGGCUGUAGGCCGGCGACCUUUUGACAAGAUGUCCACCCUGCUGGCCUACCUAGGACCUCCUGAACACAAACCUGUGGCUGACACUCACUGGUCCAGUCUAAACUUGACCAGCUCCAAAUUUGAAGAGUUCAUGACCAGGCACCAGGUCCAUGAGAAGGAGGAGUUCAAAGCCCUAAAGACCCUCAACAUCUUCUACCAGGCAGGAACCUCCAAGACCGGCAACCCAGUGUUCUACUACGUGGCCCGCAGGUUCAAAACAGGCCAGAUAAAUGGUGACCUGCUAAUCUACCAUGUCCUCCUCACUCUUAAACCAUACUACGCUAAGCCCUAUGAGAUAGUAGUAGACUUAACACAUAUAGGACCUAGCAACCGCUUCAAGACCGACUUCCUGUCCAAGUGGUUUGUGGUCUUUCCUGGCUUUGCCUACGAAAAUGUAGCAGCUGUCUAUGUCUACAACUGCAACACCUGGGUGAGGGAGUACACCAAGUACCAUGAACGGCUACUGACAGGCCUGAAGGGCAGCAAGCGACUCCAGUUCAUUGACUCUCCAGCUAAGCUGGCCGAGCACAUCGAACCCGAGCAACAGAAACUACCUGCAGCCACGCUAACCCUGGAGGAAGACCUUAAAGUGUUCCAUAAUGCCCUCAAGCUGGCCCAUAAAGACACCAAGGUCUCCAUAAAGGUGGGCUCGACAGCAGUUCAGGUGACUUCAGCCGAGCGGACCCGUGUCCUUGGCCAGCCUGUCUUCCUCAACGACGUCUACUACGCCUCAGAGAUCGAGGAGAUUUGCCUGGUGGAUGAGAGCCAGUUCACCCUCACCAUGGCCAACCAGGGCACACCACUCACAUUCAUGCACCAGGAGUGUGACGCCAUUGUCCAGUCCAUUAUCCAUAUACGGACACGCUGGGAGCUGUCGCAGCCUGACUCCAUCCCACAGCACACCAAGAUUCGACCAAAAGAUGUACCUGGCACUCUGCUCAACAUCGCCUUGCUGAACCUGGGCAGUUCUGACCCCAGCCUCAGGUCUGCGGCUUACAACCUAUUGUGUGCUUUGACCUGCACCUUCAACCUGAAGAUAGAGGGCCAGCUGCUGGAGACGUCAGGCCUCUGCAUCCCAGCAAACAACACCCUCUUCAUAGUCUCCAUAAGCAAGACUCUUGCUGCCAAUGAGCCACAUCUCACACUGGAGUUUCUGGAGGAGUGCAUCUCAGGCUUCAGCAAAUCCAGUAUCGAGCUGAAGCAUCUCUGUCUGGAGUACAUGACACCCUGGUUGCUCAAUCUAGUUCGCUUCUGUAAGCACAACGAUGACGCCAAACGCCAGCGUGUCACUGCCAUUUUGGACAAACUCAUUACCAUGACGAUCAAUGAAAAGCAGAUGUAUCCCUCUAUCCAAGCCAAGAUCUGGGGCAGCCUGGGCCAGAUAACAGACCUGCUGGAUGUUGUGUUGGACAGCUUUAUUAAGACCAGUGCCACGGGAGGCCUGGGCUCCAUCAAAGCAGAGGUCAUGGCUGAUACUGCAGUGGCUCUGGCUUCAGGGAAUGUCAAACUGGUCUCAAGCAAGGUUAUUGGUCGGAUGUGUAAGAUCAUAGACAAGACGUGCCUGUCGCCGACGCCCACACUGGAGCAGCACCUGAUGUGGGACGACAUUGCCAUUUUGGCACGCUACAUGCUCAUGUUAUCCUUCAACAAUUCCCUGGAUGUUGCAGCACACCUGCCAUACCUGUUCCACGUGGUGACUCUGCUGGUAGCUACCGGGCCGCUGUCCCUUAGGGCCUCCACCCACGGUUUGGUUAUCAACAUCAUUCACUCCCUCUGCACCUGCUCGCAACUCAACUUCAGUGAGGAGACAAAGCAGGUACUGAGGCUAAGCCUGACUGAGUUCUCCCUGCCCAAGUUCUACCUGCUGUUUGGCAUCAGCAAAGUCAAGUCAGCUGCGGUCAUCGCCUUCCGCUCCAGCUACAGAGACCGCUCCUUCUCACCAGGCUCCUACGAGAGGGAGACAUUUGCCCUGUCUUCCUUGGAGACUGUCACUGAGGCCUUACUGGAGAUCAUGGAGGCUUGUAUGAGGGACAUCCCAGCCUGCAAGUGGUUAGACCAGUGGACAGAGCUCGCACAGAAGUUUGCAUUCCAGUACAACCCAUCUCUCCAGCCGAGAGCGCUGGUGGUGUUUGGCUGCAUCAGUAAGAGGGUGAGCCAUUGCCAGAUCAAACAGAUCAUCCGAAUCCUCAGCAAAGCCAGCCCUCUGCUCAGCAUAGACCGGGGACUGGAGAGCUGUCUGAAAGGGCCGGACAAUUACAACAGUCAAGUAUUAAUAGAGGCCACGGUCAUCGCUCUGACGAAGCUGCAACCUCUACUCAGCAAGGAGUCUCCCAUGCACAAAGCUCUGUUCUGGGUGGCAGUAGCUGUGCUGCAGCUGGAUGAAGUCAACCUGUACUCUGCUGGAACAGCCCUGCUGGAGCAAAACCUCCACACUCUGGACACAAUGCGCGUUUUCUACGACAAGAGUCCCGAAGAAGUGUUCAUGGAGAUCAGGCGUCCUUUAGAAUGGCACUGUAAGCAGAUGGAUCACUUUGUUGGCCUCAACUUUAGUGCUAACUUCAACUUUGCACUGGUGGGCCACCUACUCAAAGGCUACAGACACCCAUCACCCACCACAGUAGCAAGGACAGUAAGAAUCCUGCACACACUAUUGGCUCUUAUCAGCAAGCAUCUGAAAUGUGACAAGUUUGAGGUGAACACCCAGAGUGUGGCGUAUCUGGCUGCACUUCUCACUGUAUCUGAGGAGGUCCGAAGUCGCUGCAGCCUCAAACACAGGAAGUCACUCUUGAUUUCUGACCUCUCCAUGGACCCAGUACCUAUGGACACAUAUUCAAGUCACAUCACUGAUCCCAGCUGCAGAACUUUGCGAGAGACUCAGCCAUGGGCGUCACCUCAGGUUUCAGAUCGCUACCUUUCAGCCCAUCACUACCCCACAGUGGGCCAGAUCAGCCCACGAACUCGCAAGUCCAUGAGCCUAGACAUGGGUCAGCCUUCACAGGCCAACACCAAGAAGCUCUUGGGCACCAGGAAGAGCUUUGAUCAUCUUAUAUCGGACUCUAAAGCACCAAAGAGACCAGAGAUUGAGUCGGGUAUAACCACCCCUCCCAAGAUGAGGCGUGUAGCAGAGAAUGACUAUGAGAUAGAGACACAAAGAAUUGGUAACUCUCACCUUCGCAAGGUGUCUGUAUCAGAGUCAAAUGUUUUGCUAGAUGAAGAGGUGCUGACCGACCCAAAGAUCCAAGCUCUGCUGCUCACUGUGCUGGCCACCCAGGUCAAAUACACCACUGAUGACUUUGACCAGCGAAUUCUGUACGAGUACUUAGCUGAAGCUAGCGUUGUCUUCCCGAAGGUUUUUCCAGUUGUCCACAACCUGCUGGACUCCAAGAUCAACACUGUGCUGUCCAUGUGCCAGGACACCAACCUUCUGAAUCCUGUCCAUGGCAUUGUCCAGAGUGUGGUGUACCAUGAGGAGUCACCCCCCCAGUACCAGCCCUCCUACUUACAAAGUUUUGGCUUUAAUGGACUUUGGAGGUUUGCCGGGCCAUUCUCUAAGCAAACACAGAUACCGGACUAUGCCGAGCUGAUCGUCAAGUUUCUGGAGGCUUUGAUUGACAGCUACCUGCCAGCAGCUGAUGAGGAGCGAGGGGAAGAGCAGCUAAGGACGCCCACCUCCCCCUACCCCCCCACCAGCCAGAGCCAGCUCAGCAUCACUGCCAACCUUAAUCUGUCCAACUCCAUGACCUCACUGGCCACCUCGCAACACUCACCAGGUGUUGAUAAGGAAAAUGUCCAGCUGUCCCCCAGCUCUGCUUUGUCCAGCGGUUGUCGCACUCGCCAUGGUUCAGCCAGUCAGGUCCAAAAGCAGCGCAGUGCCGGCAGCUUCAAGAGACCAAGUAUCAAGAAGAUUGUCUGAUCAACCAGAAAACAGCCCCAUCCUCCUCUCUGCCCCUCCGCCAGGCCCCAUGCUGCACUCCACUUUUACUCUUUUUAUUUCCUCCUUACUUUUCAUGGUUGUUUCUCUGGCAGAAAAACUUGUGGUUUUCUGUUUUACAUUGAGAAGAAUAUUAACAACGGCAAACUUGAAAUUUGUGCUGCUUGAGAUUUUUUUUUUUACAAUCUUUCAUUUGAGACAGCGCAUGGUAGAGGAGAAACUUCUGUUAAAUUAUUUUAUUUCUCCUCUGGAGUCAAUGUUUAAGCUCUUCUUCACAGAUGUUCAGCAGCAGUUGAGUCUACUGCAGCAACGGAGGUCACACAACUAUUUGGGGGGAUCCCUCUGAGCCUGAUGGGAAUACAGUAAGGCCAAUGUGGACAUGGGCUAUGACAUUUACCAGAUUCUUUAUACAGGGGGAAACCAGUAACUGAAAUUAUGUCUUUACGCUGACGUUUGAUCCGUAAUAUGUCCCUUGGCCUUCCUUAUGAAUAAACACCUCUGUGUCAGUGAGAUGGACCAAAUGACAGCAGCAGGGGGGGAAUCCUUCACUCUGGACCUGCUCGGAUGUCUCGGCUCACCUCCCCCAUUUCUGUACAUAUUUUACAUAGAUGUACAUAUUUUACAUAGACAGAUUAUGUAAAACUAGACCUUAGUGCUACUUUAGAUGUUGACGUUUUCUCCAUGGUGUGCCUUUGUCAGGGUUUUUCAAUGUGUACAAUUUGUAAAGUAAAAGUCAAACCUUGCUAGGGACAAAGAACAGGUACUAAUUAUGGAGGCGAGCUGUCUAUAUUACCACCAGUUCACACGAGCUGCGUCAUGACGGGCCUCUAAUGAUCGUCAAAUAUACAAUCAUCCAUAUACCCUGUUGCCUGAAAGUAUUUAUCCUGUACAGCUAGAUAGUGCUACACAAAUCUUCUUUUCAAACUCUUUUCAAAAAUCUUCUUCAUUUCAAACACUUUUGAUUGUACAAAACACUAGGGAAAAUGUAACCUUGUAAAAAGCUCCAAGCUUUUUGUUUUGUUUUAUUUGCAUUUUGCUUUAAUUUAGUUGUUUAAUUUCAGUUAUUUUUGGAAUGAACUGUAUUUCCAGCAGCAUAGCAUUUUAUUUUGUUUACACAGUGACAGGGAAAAUUGUGUAAUAGGCAAUAAUCCUCAACUCUCAAACUUAUUUGUCCACCACCUAUUUUAUUUGUACAUAAAACAGGGAAAAACAUCACUAUGUCAGCUCGGUGCAAUAUGAUGCCAACUCCUGAGUUGCCUGUUAACAUAGAGAUGUAGCUCUUAUUAAUUACCUCCAAUGACCAUUUGAAUAGAUAGAGGCAGUGACAUUGAUCCCUUCAUAUACACACACCUAUGUGUGUAAAUGAACUACACACCAUUUGUUUCACCUUAACAGUUUGAGCUGUUUUACCCACAACCAUCAGAGGUUUGUCCUGGGGACUCUUAAAAGGAAAAAUCCACCCUAAAAGAGGCUUUGACAGUUUGUUUGUUAUAGCUUUGUGUCAUUGGAAAUUGUACAAGCAUUCUUUUUUUCAGAGAGAAUUUUAGCUGACCUAGAAUGAUGAGAUGACGCAGUGUGAGAUUGUGGGUUUUUCCUUUUAAGAGCUUUAGUAUUAAAGAACCCCUAUUAUACUCCUUUUCUGUGUCAUAUUUGUACUCUUGGGGUAUGCUAGAAUAGGAAUUACAUGCUUUGAUGUGCAAAUGACAUAAUUUUCUCAUAUUGCCAAUUGCGGCAGUGCCUGUACCUGAAAUGCUCUGGCCUGCCUUCUUGAAAAGCCCAGUCAGCUCUGAUUGGUCAGCUGGCCCACUCUCCAAACAAGGCACUGGACUGGCUGUGCUUGCUUAGGCAGCACCUAUGGGCAGCACAUACAAAAAAACCGGGCUAGCAUUCUCAAUUAGUGAUAUCAAUAAUUUAGAAAUUUCAAGCAGAAAUGUGGGCAAGGUGUUUUUAGGCAGUUGAGAAAAAGUGCUGUUUGUGGGAGAGAAAGCUCCAUUUUGAGUGAAAUUAGUUUUUUAUACUUUAUACAUCUAUUACAUACACACACUAAACUAUAUAACACACUAGAAGAUGGAAAAAAAAAAAAAAGGUUAACAGGAGCUCUUUAAUAAAUAAGGGUAUUGAUACAGAAGCCAGCUGUGUGACUUAACCUUCACACCAAAUGCUUGCUCUGCACUAAAGAGCAGGACAGAGAAAAAUGUGUUUGUAACCUCCAAGGCAACUGUUGGUUUCCAUUUAUUUUACUUUCAGAGGUUUGAAACUUGAUUGAGGUAGCUAUUCCGUCACAGUGAAUAUAAUGUGAUUGUCAGUGUUUACUUGUUUGUGGUAAUACAGUGCACACUGAUAAAACAAUCAGCACAAGAACCCAACACAUAGGCCUACAUCUGCAUGGUUGCCAACAAUCUUAGCUCUUCACAGAUCAGCAAAAGAGUAAGAUAAAAUGUCAGUAGCGGAAUGUUAAAAAUGUGUUUGAAAUCAUUUAUAAACUAUAUCUAUAAAUCGAGCAACCGUUGUGCGUUUUUGUGUCCCCACACAUGCGCAGUACAGCAGCAGAGAAGGGGAGCUGCUGUAGCAUGAUAUUGUCUUCCCAAACACCUACAGGAACAUCGCAACUCUUGUGUAAGUUUGCCCGUAUUUCCUAGACCGUUUGUUUGAAAGCAGACAACGGGAGCAUUGCGCUCAUGUAUGGGGCAUUACGAGAGCUGCUCAGUACAGGGAAAUAUGACCAUCCAAUCCCAGGCAAGAUUUAAUGGCUGCGUCCCACAUUUCCAGGUGGGCUUCACACAUUACCGUAACUUCUACACCGUUGGUGCUAUGAAUAAAAACAUUCUUAGAAUCCGCUCCACCAAGAACGAGAGCUUGUCGCCCAUAAAUGUGACAGAAUCGCAGGCUGCGGCUGUCACCAUUUACCAGCAAGGAGAAAGUAGGAAGAGGAAGGAGUGCAUGUAGCAAACAGUAGUAGAAAGAUGACUUGAGUUAAUUUUUGUGAGAGGAGAUGUCAAUAAUAUAGAUUUCUAGAGUCAGAAAAGCACCUGAGCAAAAAGCAAGUUGCUUCAGGGCAUACCACAAGGGCCAAAAAGAGCCUAGACAUAGUUAGACAGUCUAGAAAAUAAAAACAGCCUAAGGCUCACAAACUUUCUUGGAGAUAUGUAAUAUAGUUCAAAUCUGUAAUAAUUUCUGUAAUCUGCCAGAGAGAUGGCUUUCCUUUGGUUUUAUGGCCACACCUGAAUGACAUGCAACAGCGUUAAGGCUCUGACACAACAAGCCGAUGGCCAAGAACUAGUUGCGGCCUACGUUGCCUUUGUCUUGGCUACCAAUUAGCACUGAAACACACCGCAGACACUACUGCCCACGGCCCAGUACUACGUAUGUUCUGCGCAUGGGUGCAAGGAAAUAACUCCAUACCAGCAGGCGGCAGUAAUCUAUUGGUCAUUGAGAAAGGGAAACCAGAUACAAAAGUUGAUGAUACCCACAACAAACAGCAUUUGCUCGAAUCAGCAAUGGCAGAACGAAAUGGAUUCUAUGGCCCCUCUGAUUCACUCCCCGCUGGGAAAACAGCGGACAAAGGCAGAUAUCUUACCACACUGUCCAUCUCCCGGUCUCCCAUCUGUUCUCUUGGCAAAGAAGUCUCCUUGCAAUGGGAGCGGAGUAAAGGGAUCAAACCCGAAUGGUCAUUAACUGGCUGGCUAGCUAUUGUUAGCUUGCUAAUUCCACCCACAAUUUCCUACACUGGUUACAGAAAAAUAGCCGAAGAAAAUCGUCACUCAUGUGGCAAUAGCAAUGUGCUUUCCUGCGAUGACGAGUGUGUGAAUGAAACAUUAAGUUGUUACAUUUUACUUAUUUAGAGGCUGGUUAGUAAGCAAGCUUGCUUGCUUGCUUGCUAGGGGGCUAAUUGUUGAGCAGUGCAGAGAGUGGGAGGUCUUUAUAUUAAAUUUCACGGUAUAUGAUAUUAGUUUAUAGACGUUAGUUUAUUUUGUAAUAUGUAGGUAUGUAUUAAAAGAUUUUGUGACAUGUUUAUGUUGAAAUAAAUAUACCUACACAAAUAGUUAUGUAUAUCUCGUACGUUUGCCAUAUUAUGGACAUAAUGUGCAAAAAUAAUUAUUCUAAUCGGGUUUUUUUUUAAAGGAACAUUUAAACGUUUUUUUGGCCAGUUUUGUCAGCUCUUAUGUGUUGGAUUGAUCAAAUGAGAAGAGCCUUCUGUGUGCACUUUCACAGUCGUUUGUUGCUCUCAGCACUACAGUUUUCAGCGGCCAAAACAAGGGCCAGUGACCGCCUUGGUGUGUCAGGGCCUUUACAUUGCCAUCUUUCAUCUUGGUAAUACACCACACACUCCGGAUGCAGUGUGCCUGUGUGGAAAAAAUUAUAUCUUGUCACACUUAUGUAAAAUCUGUUUUUUUCAUACACAUUUACAUUUAAAAAAAAAAAGGUUAGUGUUUUUUGCACCAAAAUGGCACUUAGACUCUAACAAUGCCACAGGACAAUAUGUCCUGACGUCUACUGCUAAGGUCCUAAGGACACGCCAUGUCUGAAGUCAUUUGUAUGUGUAGUUCUUGAGAAAAGCUGCAAGCAGCAAUGUCACCAUUACAAACACUUUUGAACGGGCACUGCACUUUUAUCACUAAUACACCAGAGAGCCAGAAACCAAAUUGUUUUUACACUGUAAAAUGUUCUGCUUAAAUACAUGUGUUCAGUUGGCUCAAACAUUACAAUCGGUAAUGGUCUUACUAGGGCAGUGUUUUGUUUAGGAUUUAAUCUUUAUUAUUAUAAUUCUGCCACAAUAAUGCCCCUUGAACAUUAAAGCAGUCUUGAUGGUCAUUUUUGAUGGAACCAAUGGCUGCCUGAAGGGUACAAAGGCACACUGAAAUAUCUAAAACACAAUGGUUUGUUGUGGAAAUGGUCCCACUUGUGGUUUAUUUGGUUAUUAUUUACAUAGGAUUGUUUGGUUUAACAAGUAUAGAAUUGGACUGUGUUGAUCAGUGCUCCACUCACAGCCUCUGUCCACAGCUCAGCAGGGUUGUUUCGUCAAAACGCUUCAUCCUGCCUGAAAAUCUAUGCAUGGCAAGAGUUAAGUGUUAUACAGUUCUGACUUUAAAUUGUCUGCUCACAUUGUUUCUCACCAUUCUAAGUGUUCAUGUAACCUUUGUGAAUCGGUUCACUACUGAUUUUUUAUCUUGUAAAUACUCAUCUGAGAGAAUGUUAUUUUCUUCCGUCCAUGCAGCUCCUUCAGUAAACGCAUAAUCAUUAGAUACAUUU